UCGUUUGGAAAAGCCUUGACUUCCGGCUUCAGGGUUCGACGUUCCAGACCGAGGGCUGCGCUAGGGGGCUGCGCCGGGGACCCCUGGGAAUGAAACUUGAACCGAAACUUGAGCACCUCCUUACCCCGACUGUGGGCUAUGUGUCCCAGAAGGCUCCACGGGCCACAACCCUUUCUUACCCAUCCAAGGCCACCUGUUGCUCCCUCGACCAGUCGGUUCGCCCCUAUCCUUGGAGGAUGCUCAGGCGCGGCUGGGGGAUCGGGACUGGGCUUCGCUGAAGCUUGGAACACGACGCGACUCGGGACGAAAAAGAAUCCAGAAGAGGAAAAGAGAAGUGUUGCUGUGCAUCAAAAGUCAUGGUGGAGGAGGUGCAGAGUCCAGCUCAGCGUUCUUGCAAAGGAUCAGGAAAUCCCUGGCUGCAUGUACAAGGGUCAGAAGUGGAAGGGCAUCAUCUAGAGGGCUGGAGAAAUCUAAAUUUAAAGCCCAGCAGUGCCACUGCUUACUGCAAACUUGAGUGAAUUACUUACUUCACUAACCUAAAGAUUCAUGGGCCUUUCCUAAAGAUUAAUACUUGUAAGACACCAGGGACUAAAAGUGCUUAAUGCGCAGUAAUUGUGCUUGAGACGCAAUGAGCACUGCCUAUCAGCAGUAAGGCUGAGGGUAGGAAUGAAAAGCAGGAAAGCCAUGGAUGAUCUUGGUUGGGGACCAGGAUGUACAGACCAUGAGGAUUCUGAAAAUUAUGGUUUCAUGUAAAGCUAUCAUUGGAAAAGACCCUGAUUGAAGGCAAAAGGAGAAGGGGAUGGCAGAGGAUGAGAUGGUUGGAUAGCAUUACCGACUCAAUGGACAUGAAUUUGAGCAAACUCCGGGAGAUAGUGAAAGACAAGGGAGCCUGGCAUGCUGCAGUCCAUAGGGUCACAAAGAGUUAGACGUGGCAACUGAACAACCAGAACAACAACAAAAGCCAUGGCAACCUUCAUCCAGGUAGUUGAGCUUGGCUGAGGCUGCUGAGAACCUGCUGAUUCAUAUUGGUUGUCUGGCUCAGUAUUGGUGAUUCUGGACAGGGUCUUUGUGGAAAGAGGUUCUAGAUUGGGUUCUCAGGGCCCUAGUUCUGGGAUACGUGCACAAAGCCAAGGAAGUACUUGAGUCUUAGGCCUGGUGGAGGCUGGAGACCUCUGUUGCGGAAUCGGUCCAGGGCUGGGCCUGCCUAAGUGUCCUGUGCUCUGGUGCUGAGGAUGUCCUCAUGUCUCUAAGAUGCUCCUCACCUGAGGAGCUUAGCAUCUUCCUGAUAGACCAAGGGUCUACCUGGGGCAGAUCAGAGCAGGCUUUUCUGGGUUCAGAUGAGCUCCUCAUGGUGGAAAAGUUAUUUCUUCUGAACACAUUAUGUACAGUUGCAUUCCCUGGAGUUCAGGGAAAGCCAAGGUUUGUUACACUCCCUCAGAUGGAGAAAGAGAAAGGGACUCUGUGUUUGUGUGUGCAUGCACUGGGUUGCCAAAAGCAGGAAGAUAGAAACGGGGAGGAGAGAGGAAACUUCAUUUUCGGACUCUGAGGUCAGUCUGGUGACUCAGGGCUGUUGUUGCCUCUUCCUCCUUUGCCUUCUUAACUUGUAUUUCUCUUGGGUGAACCCAGGAUAUAAAUGAUCUGGUUUGUAACCCUAAAAGCCAUUGCUUACGUGAAUUGAUGUUUCUUCCCUUAUAUCAAGAGCAUUUUUUUUUUAUUUUGGAAGAUUUGAACUGUGGAUUUCUUUCUCCUGGAACUGCUUGCUUCCCUGAGCCUCUCUGAAGAACUUCUUCCCCAGUUCUUCCAAUUCCAAUGAGUGAUGCUGCCAAAGGCUGCUGUCCCCUAAGUGUCUUUCUCUUCUCCAACAAAUGUUUAACUGUUUAUUCAGAAACCAUUUAGCAUUCCAUAAGUGUAUAUCCUUCUACUGGGAGUACUGAUGGAAUGGGAAAACCAACCCUUGCUGGAAACUUUGUCCGUCUCUUGUUAGAGCUGUGCUUUGAUGAAGUGGGAGUGAGACUCCAUGUUGCAGACUUGGGUUUUCCAAUGAUAGUGGAUGCAUGCCCAGUCACUCAGUCAUGUCUGAAUCUUUGUGACCCCAUGAGCUGUAGCCCACCAGGCUUCUCUUGCAUGGGAGUUUCCCCACAAGAAUACUGUAGUGUGUUGCCAUUUCUUCUUCCAGGGGUUUCCAAUUAGACAAGAAGGUAAUUGAUACUGAUUUUUUGCAUUCUCAGUAUUUGCUUAUAUUUUUGGCUCUGAGAUUUUUUGGGACAGAGAAUAUGAUAGAGAUAUGAUAGAUUCUGUGUAUGCAGUUAUGUGAUAGUCCACACCGAACCUGUGGGUCCAUUUUGAACUUGUGUGGUGUUUGCUCAUUGUGGGUCCCAUCGUGUGAGUCUGGAUCUUACUGCAUUAGUUCUGGGAAUUCUGGAACAAAGAGAGUAUAGUUGGGGACAGUUUAUUGUAACAGGAACAAUUCAACCAGAUAUAUAAAUUAUUAAGAAGUAAUAACCCUUGUAACUGCAGCAGAACUUUAGAGAACUUUUCUAAGCUAGUGCUGCAAAAUACAGCACUGAAUACAUAAGAUGGGGUGUUGUACACCCAGUAAAAAUCAUGUCUAUUUGUGGACAUGGAGAACAACUAGAUUAAAUAUUCUGGUAUAUUUAUGAGCCUGAGCUUUUAAGAAAUUAUUAGAUCACAUAAGCUAUGUUCAAAUCCUAUUUUCAGAGAGAGAGGUUUUUAAAGAUACCUUUGAAUGAUUCAGACUUUUAUUUUAUUUUAUUUUAUUAUUUUGAUUCAGACUUUUAAACAGAUUUCUUAAGUGGGUAAAUGCAAAGAGAUGGUCACAGCGUUGUGUGCUGAGCAUAGCAUGUGUUAUCUACUUGCAUGUGCAGUUUUAUUUAAUUGGGAAACACUGAUUAUCUAGACUUUGUUUAUUCCCAGACCUGGCUGGAUAAUGAAAAAGAAUAAUGCCAAGGAGGUUUUAUCUGUAGUUGCAGGCAUGUUUAAGAAUGAUUUGAAUGAUACAGGUACUGUAACCAAUAUUUUAUAAUAAUUAUAAAUGGAAAAUAAUCUUUAAAAAUGGUGAAUCACCAUGUUAUAUACCUGAAACAUACAGUAUUAUACAUCAACUAUACCUCAGUUUUUUUCUAACAAAUGGUGUGUACACCAAGAAUGUGUCCUGUGAUCACCCUUGUUUCCACACUGAACUGUCCAUGUUUUUUUUUUUUUCUAGUUAAAAGUAUAGUCAGUUUACAAUGUUGUUAGUUUCAGGUGUACAGCAAAGUUAUUCAGUUACACAUAUACAUAUAUUUUCAGAUUCUUUUCCUUAAAAGUUUUUACAAAAUGUUGUGUAUAGUUCCCUGUGCUAUCCUUAAUGGUUAUAUUUUAUAUAUAGUAGUAGUGUGUAUGCAUGUUAGUAGCUCAGUUGUGUCCAACUCUUUGCGACCCCAUGGACUGUAGCUCAUCAGGAUCCUCUGUCCAUGGAAUUCUCCAGGCAAGAAUAAUGGAGUGGGUUGCCAUUCCCUUUUCCAGGAGAUCUUCCCAACCCAGGGAUUGAACCCAGGUCUCCCUCACUGCAGGCAGAUUCUUUACCCGCUGAGCCACCAGGGAAGCCCUAUAUAGUAGUAUAUAUAUGUUAAUCCCAAACUUCUAAUUAUCCCUCCUCCCACCUUUCCCCGUUGGUAAGCAUAAGUUUGUUUUCUAUGUCUGUGGGUCUAUUUCUGUUUUGUAUAUAAGUUCAUUUGUAUAAUUUUUUUUUUUUUAGAUUCCACAUAUAAGCAAUAACAUGUUAUUUGUCAUUCUCUGUCUGGCUUAUUUCACUUGGUAUGAUAAUCUCUAGGUUCAUCCAUGUUGGAUGGAUGUCCAAAACAUGCAAAUGGCAUUGUUUCAUUCCUUUUUAUGGCUGAGUGUUAUUCCAUUGUAUAAAUACACCACAUCUUCUUUAUCCAUUCAUCUGUUGAUGGACAUUGUCAGUAGUGCUGCAGUGAAUAUCGUGGUGUAUGUAUCUUGUUGAAUUAUGGUUUUCUCCAAACAUAUACUCAGGAGUGGGAUUGCAGGAUCAUAUGGUAGCUCUGUUUUUAGUUUUUUAAGGAACCUCCAAACUGUUUUCCAUAGUGGCUGUACCAAUUUACAUUCCUACCAACAGUGUAGGAGGGUUCCUUUUUCUCCACACCCUCUCCAGCAUUUUUUAUUAAUAGACUUUUUAAUGAUGGCCAUUCUUACUAAUGUGAGGUGAUACCUCAGUGUAGUUUUGAUUUGCAUUUCUCUAAUAAUUAACGAUGUUGAAGCAUCUUUUCAUGUGCUUUUUGCGCAUCUGUAUGUCUUCUUUGAAGAAAUGUCUGUUUAGGUCUUUUGUCCAUUUUUUGAUUAGGCUGUUUAUUUUUUAUAUGGAGCUGUUGACUUAUACAUUUUGAAAGGUCCAGUUCAGUUCAGUUCAAUCGCUCAGUCAUGUCCAACUCUUUGCCACCCCAUGAAUUGCAGCACGUCAGGUCUCCUUGUCCAUCACCAACUCCCGGAGUUUAUUCAAACUCAUGUCCAUCGAGCUGGUGACGCCAUCCAGCCAUCUCAUCCUCUGUCGUCCCCUUCUCCUCCUGCCCCCAAUCCCUCCCAGUAUUAGGGUCUUUUCCAGUGAGUCAACUCUUCUCAUGAGGUGGCCAAAGAUAAUCAUGAUGGUGUGAUCACUCACCUAGAGCCAGACAUCCUGGAGUGUGAAGUCAAGUGGGCCUUAGAAAGCAUCACUAUGAACAAAGCUAGUGGAGGUGAUGGAAUUCCAGUUGAGCUAUUUCAAAUCCUGAAAGAUGAUGCUGUGAAAGUGCUGCACUCAAUAUGCCAGCAAAUUUGGAAAACUCAGCAGUGGCCACAGGACUGGAAAAGGCUUCAGCAACAUGUGAACUGUGAACUUCCAGAUGUUCAAGCUGGUUUUAGAAAAGGCAGAGGAACCAGAGAUCAAAUUGCCAAUAUCUGCUGGAUCAUCAAAAAAGCAAGAGAGUUCCAGAAAAACAUCUAUUUCUGAAAGGAUUUCAAGUUCAAAGACGUGGUCAUUUACUUCUCUCAGAAAGAGUGGGAAUGCUUGCACUCUGCUCAGAAGCAUUUGUACCAAGAUGUGAUGCUGGAGAAUUAUAACAACCUGAUCUCACUGGGAUUCGCCAAUUUUAAGCCAGAUGUGAUUUCUUUAUUGGAGCAGGGGAAGGAGCCCUGGAUGGUUAAGGGCAAGGAGACAGAAGAGUGGUGCCCAGACUGGGAAUCUAGAAGAGAAGCCAAGACUUUAUCUUUAAAGGAGGAAAGUUAUGAAAUUCAGUCAUUGCAACCAGAGAUAACAAAGAGACUUAUAAGCUCUAAUCUUGAGUGUCCUAGAGUCAGAAAUACCAGAGAAGUCAGAUGUCACUUGGAGAGGCUACCAGAAGAACAUUUCAGACAAGCCAUAAUAACCACUGAAGAAAGAUCCACUUCCAUUCAGCACACAGAUCCUAGAGCACCUCAGACAGCUCCUACUGGAACAAAAUCCUGUGAAUCCAAGGAAUGUAAGACUUCCAGAUUGCAACCACACCAGAGUCAAUAUGAAAGAAAUCAUAAUAAGGAGAAAGGCUCUAAAUGUGGAGAAUGUGAGAAAGCCUUUAAUAGUAGGUCAGACUUGAUAAAGCAUCAGAGAAUUAAUGAAAGCCAAAAAAGUAAUGAAAAUAAGGAAGGUGACUUUAUUCAUGACUCUCAGAUUACAAAAUCUCAGAGCAUUAAUACUGCUGAGAAACCUCAUAAAUGUAAGGAAUGUGGGAAAGCCUUUCAUUCUACCUCAUAACUUAGUAAACACCAAAAGAUUCACAUAGGUGAGAAACCCUUUAAGUGUACGGAAUGUGGAAAGGCCUUUCCAUCUACCUCGCAGCUGAAUUUACAUCAGAAGAUUCAUACUGAUGAGAAAUACUAUGAAUGUAAGGAGUGUGGGAAAGCCUUUACCCGUCCCUCACACCUUCUUCGACAUCAGAGAAUCCAUACUGGUGAGAAACCCCAUAAGUGUAAGGACUGUGGGAAAGCUUUUCACUAUGACACACAACUUAGUCUUCAUCAGAUAAUUCAUACUGGUGAGAGACGCUAUGAAUGUAAGGAAUGUGGGAAGGUGUACAGUUGUGCCUCACAACUGAACCUACAUCAAAGAGUUCAUACCGGCGAGAAACCUCAUAAAUGUAGGGAAUGUGGGAAAGGUUUUAUCUCCGAUUCACAUCUUGUCCAACAUCAGAGUGUUCAUACAGGGGAGAAACCAUACAACUGUAAGCAAUGUGGGAAAGCCUUUCACCGUGGCCCAGAACUUACCAGACAUCAAAGAGCUCCCACAGGUGAGAAACCUUAUAAAUGCAAGGAAUGUGAAAUGGCCUUUACUUGUAGCACAGAACUUAUCCGGCAUCAAAAAAUUCACACUGGUGAGAGACCCCAUAAAUGUAAGGAAUGUGGGAAGGCUUUUAUUCGACGAUCAGAACUUCUUCAUCACGAGAGAAAUCAUAGUGGUGAAAAACCCUAUGAGUGUAAGGAAUGUGGGAAGGCCUUUGGCCGUGGCUCAGAGCUUAGUCAACACCAGAAAACUCAUACUGGUGAGAAACCCUAUGAAUGUGAGCAAUGUGGAAAGGCCUUUAUUCGUGGCUCACAACUUAGUCAACAUCAAAGAAUUCAUGCAGGACAGAGGAGUGAGUGAAGAUGUGGGAAACCUCAAAAUUUGACAUCUGGGAAAAGGAAAUGGCAACCCACUCCAGUAUUCUUGCCUGGAAAAUUCCACGGACAGAAGAGCCUGGUGGGCUGCAGUCCAUGGUGUCACAUGACCAGAGCACGCAUGCAUGAGGGGUUGGAGAGAGAUGGGUUGGUAGCAAUAAACAGGUAGAACUAAAAAAAAUUGACAUCCGAAAAUUUGUGCUAGUAAAACACAAAAGCCUAUGUAAUUAUCAGGAAUGUGGGAAAGCAUUUAAGGACAACAGGUUAAUAUCACACUUCAUACUGUGGAUACGAGGCCUUUAAUUAAGGGCCAGAAUUUGACAUGUGUUACUGAUGAGAAAUCUUAUAAAUGUUAGGAAUUGGGAGGGGUGUAUCUGUAUUUCAAAAUUUAUUAGACAUCAGAGUUCGGUUGGUGAAAAAGUAAAAAACUCCGUGAAGAUAAGCCAAGUGGGCAAUCUUAGAGAGGUAGUGAAACUGUUAAGAGACAGAAAUCAUUCUAACUUUUCUGAACAUGAAGAGUCAUUAGCCUUUAUGGGAAAUUAAGUGUCACAAUACAAAUAUCAUAGAUGAAACAUCUAUCUGCUAAAAUUAACCUGAACUGAAUCAGAGUGGGAAAGGAUUUAACAUUUAGUGUUUACUUCACCAUUAUUGCUCAUUUCUUAUAGGGCUAAUUACUUAACCAAUUAGUAAUAUUAGCAUCAUAUUUCUUAGUAUUGUGUACACUGUAUCCCUUAUCUGAAUCAUAUUGAAAGUGUGCUAAAUGAGAGCUGCAUUAUAUUCUUAACUUUUUUGUUUUCCUAGUUUUAUAUUAGAAAUCGUGUAAGAGGAAGGCCUUACAGUGUACAGUGACUAUAUGAACAUCUUACAUCAUCUUUCUUUCUAGAAUGUUAGUUCCUUCUGGAGAAAAAUUUUAAAACUGAAGCUUUUCAUAGAUUGCGUUUUUCCCCACCAGGAGAUUCAUAGUGUAAGGAACUCCAAUAUAAUAAAAGUGGGCUACUGUAAUGUCAGAGAAGAUUUAGAUGAUUCUUUAAGACCUUCCAAAAAACAGGAGACAUAUGCCAUUAUCUCUGACCUCUCUUCUAGUGAAUUAGAAAAUAAAGCCUCAGACAAAAUCCAUUUCUCUACACGGAAAUUUAAGAUACCUGUAUAAGUUUUACAUUUAAAAGGAAGUCAAAUUAUCAUUCAGCAAAUGGAUGACAAAGAGACAACUUCAUGUUAAAAUUUGUAGGAUGCAACCAAAGCUCAGGGAAUUUAACUUCUUUCAAUGUAUGUAUAGAAUAUGGGGACAAUUAAAAGCCAGGAUUCAUUCUCACUUUAUUAUCAAUACUUAGUCCACUGCCAGUUCCUAAGAGGUUCUCAAUAAGUGUUUGUUGACCAGAGGAAUGAGCGAGUGAAACAAGCAUCCAGCUGUAGUCUGUUGAGGUGCUCUAGCAAAAUAAGUGCAAAAUCCAAAAGACACCUUGAAAACUUUUUGAAGUGAAAGAGAUUGUACUCUGAACAGAAAAAAUUCAAGCAUCAUAAGUGAGAAAGUAUGUGUAACUGCAGAAAUGAAGGAGGUCAAAGGGACUUCACCUGGUGGUCCAAUGGUUGAGACUUCGCCUUCCAACACAGAGGGUGCCAGUUCAAUCCCUGGUUGGUGAGCUAAGAUCCCACAUGCCUCAUGGUCAAAAAACCAAAACAUAAAACAGAAGCAGUAUUGUAACAAAUUUAAUAGACUUAAAAUGGUUCAUAUCAAAAAAGCAAUUAAAGAGAUCAAGAAAUAAGGCAGUAUUUUGGCAGACAUUGUUGGUUGCCUAUCCACUGGUAUUAACCAGUCUCCCUUUUCUAGAUGCCUGCUGCCCACCUAAAUCUAAAUGCCAGAUGCUUGCCCUCCUAAUCGCUUUGCAAUUGAGCAUAUGUGUAAUGGGCUUCCCAGGUGGUGCUAGUGGUAAAGAACCCGCCUGAAGACCCCCUGGGGUAGGGCAUGGCAACCCACUCCAGUAUUCUUGCCUGGAGAAUCCCAUGGACAGAAGAGCCUGGCAGGCUCCAUGGGGUCACAAAGAGUCAGACAGGACUGAAGUGACUUAGCACAGUACAGUCCACAUACGUGUAGCAGUGCUGACCACCGAAGGUCUAAGCAAAAGACUGCAAGUGAGCUUCAGUUAAAUAUUCUUUACGUAACAAAAUAGGCGGAAAUGGUGUUCCCUUAUACAGGACACAUCUCUGUGAUAUCUGGGAUUGUGGCUGGUUUAUAACCAGAGAAUGUGAGAAGCUGAGAUUGGCACAGGUGAUAGAAUUGAUUGUGUGUUUGACACUGUAGAGCUGAUGAAACUAUUCAGAACUGCUCUGUGCUUGGUUGUAUGUGAAAUAAAUUCCAUGCCUCUCUGUUUAACAUUUAUAUUCAACUUUAUAUAUCUGAGUACUGGGGAAAGUGUUUUCACAUAUAGUAUAUAUACAUACACGUUUAUUCAACUUUAAUUAGUAAAAGAAAAUGUUUCAGUUCAGUCGCUCACUCAGUCGUGUCCAACUCUUUGAGACCCAAUGGACUGCAGCACACCAGGCUUCCCUGUCCAUCACCAACUCCCACAGCUUGCUCAAACUCGUCCAUCGAGUUGGUGAUGCCAUCCAACCUCUGUCAUCUCAUCCUCUGUCAUUCCCUUCUCCUGCCUUCAAUCUUUCCCAGCAUCAAGGUCUUUUCCAAUGAGUCAGUUCUCUGCAUCAGGUGGCCAAAGUAUUGGAGCUUCAGCAUCAGUCCUUCCAAGGAGUAUUCAGGACUGAUUUCAGACCUGUCUCAGAUAUUCAAAUAUUCAGAAUGCUUCAGAUAAACGUUCAGAAAAUGUUUACAUUUAGUUUUUUAUAUGUGAAAUUAUGGAAAAAGCAUUAUUUUCCUAAGUAUUUUCUUAAACAUAAAUGUGUAUAUGUAUACAACUUUGAUAAGAUGUAGGAAAUGUUUGUUUAUAUUCAUCAUAUUACAGUGUAUGCAUAUAUUCAGUUUUUUUAAUAGUAUGUCUGAAAUCCAGGAAAAGUAGUAUUUUCCUGAAUAUAGUAAGACCCAAGAAAAAAACUGAUGAAAGUGCUAUGGCAUGUUAUUCCUCUAGUACUAGAUUAACUUACAGAUAAAAUCUAACUCUUCAAGAUUUUAUAAAGAGUAUCAGCUAUGAGGCUAGCAUAACCCCUGUACCAAAUUUGGAAAAGGACAGCAUACAGGUCCAGUCAGCCACAAAAAUAAUCCACUGUACUCAUGGUAUAUGAAUGUUCCAAUUAAAAUAGCAAGUCAAAUCUAGCAGCCCAUUAAAACAAGGUUUUUUUUUUUUUAAUCUGAAAUAAAAUGGUUCAUGACUUGAUCUGUCAGAUUGUAGGAACUGGCACAUUGAAAACUAGACACUAACUUAUCCACCAAAAAUAGUAAACUGUUAACAGCAUAUGACACUCAAUUGCUAUGAGAUUGUCCAUUAAUUGUGCAUGUGUAGACAUUUACAGCAUUUGGAAUAAUCACCAUCCAUCAGAUUCCACCUUUGCCCAUGCUUCAGAAAUACAUACUUUAAUGCACACAUGUAUUAUGUGACAAAUUAAAUCAGUCAUAGCUAAACCAGUCAACCUGUAGGAGGACAAUGUUCAACAAAAAUUCAGGCAUUUUUUAAAAGAGGGAAAUGAUUACUAAAUUUUAUCUAUACUUCCUCUAGAAUUUCUGACAUUUUUUGAGUUAUAAUAAAAGUUGUAAUGAAUGUUAAGAAAUGAUUCUGUGUAGACUGGUGGUUGCCCAGCGGGAGAGGGGUGAGAGUGUGUUGGAUUGGGAGUUUGGGAUUAGUGGAUGCAAACUGGUAUAUACAGAAUGGGUAAACAAGGUCCUACUGUGUAGCACAGGAUAUUCAAUAUCCCGUGAUAAACCAUAAUGGAAAAGAAUGUGAAAAAGUAUGACUCACUGCUGUACAGAGGUAAUAAACAUUGUAAAUCAACUUAUACCUCAAUAAAAAAAAAUAAUUCUGAUAUUUUGCUCAUAGCUCAGAUGGUAAAGAAUCUGCCUGCAAGGUGGGAGUCCUGGGUUUGAUCUCUGGGUUGGGAAGAUCCCCUGGAGAAAGGAAUGGCUACCCACUCCAGUAUUCUUGCCUGGAGUGUUCCAUGGACAGAGGAGCCUGGCAGGCUCCUGCCAGUCCAUGGGGUCGCAAAGAAUCAGACAUGACUGAGCAACUAACACUUUCACGUUUUUUCUGUGAUAACAACAGCAGCUAGAGUCUCAAGAGUCCACGAGGCACGCAAACUUUGUAGCCAGAUGCUUAUAGGGUCAAUUUUUCAUGGAAGUCCAGAGGUGGAUGCUGACGGCAUCUGGCUGAAGUCCAGGGGUGGAUGCUGACAGCAUCUGGCUGUAGAUCCAGCAGUCAUAUUUACUUCACAGUGAGGUCACCAUUGUUGCCCAGUCCACAAACACCCUCCCCUCAGACUAGGGAUAAAGUGUAAGGCAUUUAACAGGCACCACCCAGGGAAGAUUACGACCAUUAAGCAAAAUCCAGCAGAAAGAACAUUGUUUGUGGGGUACCACCACCCCUGCCUGUGGUUUUGUCCGGCCUUGCAUUACCAUUCCACCAGUCCACCCUCAGCCCCAUUGCCAGUGCCCAAUACAGGCUGUGUGCCAACCAAUCACAAGGUUAAAAAGAUGAUGCAGUCUCCAGUAAGACAGUGCAUUCUCCUGUCAGUGCAACCUGAAUUCAACUGUGCUUACCAAAAGCCAGUAGAAACUAUUGAUCAGGAUACUAACUCACUUCUGCCCUUACCACUGGAUCUACUUCCGGGGGAACAUGUUAUACAGUGGCCCUGGGACUGGCAAGUAAGUCCUGGGUGGUUAGGGUUUGCCAUCUUGUGGGAGAUAGAAUUAGAAAGGAACUGAAUGGGACUUCCCUGGUGAUCCACUGGCUGAGACUCCAUGCUCCCAAUGCCAGGGUUCAAUCCCUGGGCCAAUAGGAGACAGUUACGGCGUAUGGGAUUUAGUUCCCUGACCAGGGAUUGAACUUGGGCCCCCUGCAUUGAGAGCCCGGAGUCUUAGCCACUGGACCACCCGAGAAGCCCCUCAAUUUUUUAAUUCCUUCUAUGAAUGGAAAAAAUAAUCACUCAGGCUAGUUUAUCCCCUUAUCUGAGUACAGGGAAUCUUGCUUUCUUAUGCAAAUUAUGACUUCUUAUGCAAAUUAUGACUUCUUAUGCAAACUAUGCUAGAGCCUGGUGAAUUAAUCAGAGGCUCUUUAAGGAGUUCUUUCCAAAUGCAGCCACAUGGAAAUGUUACAUUAAGGAAAAUAGUGGAUUUUGAAAAAGAAUAAAGGACUGAUUUGUGCAGCCUAACUCUAAAGAAAAUCAACCCUGAAUAUUCAGUGGAAGGACUGAUGCUGAAACUCCAAUACACUGGCCACCUGCUUCGAAGAGCAGACUCAUUGGAAAAGACCCUGAUGCUGGGAAAGAUUGAAGGCAAAAGGAGAAGGGGGUGGCAGAGGAUGAGAAGGUUACAUAGAAUUACCAACUCAAUGAACAAGAGCUUGAGCAAACUCUGGAAGAUACUGAAGGACAGGGAAGCCUGGCAAGCUACAAUCCAUGGGGUUACAAAGAGUCAGACAGGACUUAGUCACUGAACAACAACAAAAUAUCCUGUUAAUGGCAGAUGUAUCAGCAAAGCUGAGAAUUAACUAUAUCCUGUUUUCAUUGAUUGAAAAAAUUGUUACAGAUGAAAAAAAAAAAAAAACUGUUACAGAUGAUCUUAAGGCUCUGUUUAAAUAAAUAAAUGUUCCCUGGUGGCUCAGAUGGUAAAGAAUCCUCUUGCAACGCGGAACACCUGGGUUGUUUGACCCCUGGGUUGGGAAGAUCCCCUGGAGAACAGAAUGGCUACCCACUCUACUAUUCAGGCCUGGAGAAUUCCAUGGACAGAGGAGCCUGGUGGGCUACAGUCCAUGGGGGUCGCAAAGAGUCAGAUACA